AAAACUUAAUUAUUGUAUUGAUGCCAUCGUUGGUUGAUCGCUGCUCGGUAUUCCAAAAAUAGUUCGUGAUAAUUAAUAAUAAUUCAUUAUUCGUUUUAAAUUAUAGUGAAAUUUUAAUAUAAUACUUACAAAUUUGUGGUACGAUUAAGUAGUUAAUGAUUUAAAAUUAAUUUAUCAAAUUCGAAACCAUUAUUUUUGAAAAUUUGAUUAAUUACUAACGUCGAUUGCCUGAUUUCGAAGAAACAGUAACGACAACAACCUAAACGUUCUAAAUCGAAAAUCUAUCCCUGGUUCCGGCAGUCGGUACCUACUCUGUACUCACAACUAUUGUCUAAUACUCUAAUCUAACGAUAUAUAUUAAUAAUUAAUUAUUAAUAACAUUGCUUCGAGUUGGAUAAACAUUUAGAUACUUAAAUAUACAUUAAUGCAAUAUUUAUUAUCUAAUGUUUGUACAUCACAAUUUACUAUGUAAUAUGGAUUAUACGUACAGCGAAAUAUAAUACGUAGAAAUAUUGGAUAUAAAAUUGCAAAAUCGGUUCAAAUGGUUCAUUUGUGGCGGACGAUGGAUACGACAGUACGAGGACGCUGUAAUGGUUUUAAGUCGAUCGUAACGAUAGCUGUGAUAGCUGGCGUUUACGUUUCGAUUGUGUCCGUCUUGCGUUUCGGCCGCUUCCUUGCCGGUUUCAACUGCACUACACCGCCGUCCGAUAAUGAUUUAUCCGUCUCUCGUAUUUAUUUGAGGAUAAUUAUGAACUGGACACUUGCAUCUUGCUAUUUAUAUUUACCUUGGAUAAUUGGGAUUGUCAUUGAAAGAAUUGGUGAUUUAUGUGGAUUGCCCGAUUGUUACUUCAAAUUUACUAAAAUUGUUUUGCUUACAUCUAUUUUAAACGGAGUUAUUGACUUUUGGCAAGAAGUUCCUGAGAUAUGUUUGUGGAAUAUGAACAUAAAUUAUGUUGAAAACAUACACUUUUAUUUGCAUUGUUCCAUGUGGAUUAUAUCAUUUAUGAUUAUGCUAACAAUCGAUAUUACUGAGAUAACAGGACUCAAACCGAUUUUUUACUAUCAUUUAACGAAUGACAAUUUUCGUUCAUUGAAAUCUCAGCAGUUCGAUAGAUUUUUGUCAAACAUGGGAUUCCCAGGAUCCUCUUGUCUCUUAAUUAUUCUAUGGUCUCAAAAAUUUAUGAGUUUUGAUAGAUUGUUAUUGGCUGUAAUUUGGACUUUAGGAAUAUUAUCAUGUAAUAAGACAGAUGAUAAAGAUAUUAAAUACGUUGUCAGACAAUUCGAAAAAAAAAAGGCGUGGAUGUAUUAUUCAGAGAGAAUAUCAGUUUCACCGUUGAAAUAAACCGUAUUGUUAAUUAGAUAAUAUUUACAUUCUUAUAUAUUUAUAUUACAUAUUUAGGUGUUACGUAUAUUUUAUUGUUUUCAGUAUAUUGAUUUUUAUCUGUGAAAUAGGUAUAUUAUAAUUAAUUGGUUUAUGAAAAACUAGACGGAAUUUUUCUUUUAUUAAAUGUUUUAUGUUAUGUAGCUGAAUUAAUAAUAAAUAGUUAAUAAAAUGUAC